AGCCAUCACAGAAGUCCACUGGGUCCUGGCAGGAUGGCUUCUCACCAUCUACUCCUCCUCUGCCUCGCUGGACUGGUAUUUGUGUCUGAAGCUGACCCCGUGGGCACUGGUGAAACCAAGUGUCCUCUGAUGGUCAAAGUCCUAGAUGCAGUKCGAGGGAGUCCUGCUGUGGAGGUGUCUGUGAAAGUGUUCAAAAAGGCGGCUGAUGGCACCUGGGAGCCAUUUGCCUCUGGGAAGACCGGUGAAAACGGAGAGCUACAUGGGCUCACAACAGACGAAAAGUUUGUAGAAGGGCUCUACAGGGUGGAAUUAGACACCAAAUCCUACUGGAAGACACUUGGCAUUUCUCCGUUCCAUGAAUAUGCAGAGGUGGUGUUCACAGCGAACGACUCUGGCCACCGUCACUACACCAUCGCCGCUCUGCUCAGCCCCUACUCUUACUCCACCACCGCAGUAGUCAGCAACCCCAAAGCCUGAGGGGCUUGACGGAGGAACAGGAUCCCACACAACUGACAGUAUUCCCUUUGUACAAAAGCAGUGUUCCUACUCGAUAAGCUAUGUUAGAAACUCGGGAAGAGACAAUAAAACAUUCCCAUGAAAGCACCUCCCAUUUCA